AUGCACGAGAAGCUGUUGAUUGGGGCGAAUGAGGCACUUCCGACACCUCUUUCUAACUCAGCAAGCUACGUUGAUUUCGAAGGGACAAAUGACCCCGAGCAUCCUCAGAAUUGGAGACUGUCUACGAAACUUUUCAACUCUAUCUUGGUCUGCUCAGGGACCUUCAUUGUCUCACUUACAAGCGCCAUCUUUGCCCCAGGAAUCGACAAAGCAAGCAAAUCUUUCGGGGUCGGGGCAGAGGUCGGAACACUGGGAACAACCCUCUACGUCCUUGGCUUUGCAUCAGGGCCUCUAAUCUGGGCACCUGCGUCAGAGUUACGGGGGAGGAAAUGGCCUCUGACAAUUGGUAUGCUAGGCGGUGGGAUCUUCACUAUUGCAUCGGCAGUGGCCAAAAAUAUCCAAACCUUGAUCAUAUGCCGUUUCUUCGCUGGAAUGUUUGGCGCAAGCCAACUGUCCGUUGUACCCGGUGUACUGGCUGAUCUGUAUAGCAAUACUACUCGCGGUGCUGCAAUCUCGCUAUAUGCGCUGACUGUUUUCGUGGGACCUUUUACGGCUCCUUUUGUGGGUGGCUUCAUUGCGUCGAGUUACCUUGGCUGGCGCUGGACUCUUUACAUCCCAGCAAUUUUUAACCUAGUCAAUGGUCUAUUGAGUGUUCUCUUCUUGGAUGAGACAUAUCCGCCUUGUAUUCUUGUGGCAAAAGCUGUUGCUAUCCGCAAGGAAUCCCAAAAUUGGAGUAUUCGUGCCAGGCACGAGGAGAUCGAGUUCAGCAUCGCAGGUCUAGUGGAAAAAUACUUCACACGUCCAUUGAAGUUGCUCUUCACGGAGCCUAUUAUUCUAGUGGUGUCGGUUUACAUGUCCUUUAUCUAUGGUCUUGUCUAUGCGCUUCUUGAGGCAUACCCCUUCGUCUUCGAGCAUGUCUACGGAAUGACCCCUGCCUUUGCUGGUCUAAUGUUCAUUGGCCUCAUAAUUGGCGUGGUUCUCGCGUGUGCUUUCAUUCUUUUUGGCCAGUUGGACUACGCAAGGAAACUAGCAGAGAAUAAAGGCAUCCCAGUGCCCGAGUGGCGCCUCGCUCCAACGCUCCUAGGAGCGCCUGUCUUUACAAUAGGUCUCUUUUGGUUUGGCUGGACUGGGUUCACUCCUCGGAUUCACUGGGCUGUACCUGCUGCUGCCGGGAUAUUCAUCGGAUUUGGGGUGUUAUGCAUAUUUCUUCCGUGCUUCAACUAUCUCGUCGAUGCAUACUUGCCAAUAGCCGCUUCAGCUGUUGCUGCCAAUAUCAUUCUUCGAUCAGCAGUAGCUGCAGGCUUUCCGUUAUUCUCAAGGCAGAUGUUUCAAAACAUGGGAAUUCAAUGGGCUGGUACACUACUUGGCUGUUUAGCCGCAAUAAUGAUCCCUAUUCCGAUCAUAUUCAGGACCUAUGGACCUUGGCUACGAGGGAAAAGCAAAGUAUUUUCACAAAGCCAUACGCUAGAUUGA